AUGCGCAUCAUUACUCCCGAGAACCUACACUACCCCAUCACCGUCACAAGGCUACUCCGCAAGCCCCAAGACCAGGUCGACUACAAUGCGCCCCUCUUCGCCUACCAGUACAAGACCAAAGUCCUCGAGGGUGAUGAGGAGACGCGCGAGAACAAGCUGGUCGAGCGCAUGUGUCCCUCAACCUUCGAGAGCACUGCAGAAGGCACCUUGACCGCAUGGCACAUCUCCGAAGGACGCGUCAUAAGCAGGCCUGGUGUGCCUCUUGCCGACGUCGAAGAAGCCUGCAAACACGAAGUGCAAUUCGGCAACCUCUGCGCCGACUGUGGCAAGGACAUGACAACCGUCACUUACAACACAAUCACACGCGACACGGCCAGAGCGACUGUCAAUGCUGUUCAUGGCCACACAUCUCUACUCGUCUCGCGUGCAGAGGCCUCCAAGUCGGACGAAGAAGCAAAGCGUCGCCUCCUCUCGUCGCGCAAACUCUCGCUUGUCGUCGAUCUCGACCAAACCAUUAUCCAGGCCACUGUCGACCCCACCGUCGCCGAAUGGCAGAAAGAUCCCCAGAACCCAAACUACCCCGCUGUCAAGGAUGUCCGCGCUUUCCAGCUCGUAGACGAUGGUCCUGGCGCAAGAGGUUGCUGGUACUACAUCAAAUUGCGCCCUGGUCUUGAAGAGUUCCUGUCCACCAUCUCCAAGUAUUACGAGCUGCAUAUCUACACCAUGGGUACUCGUACUUACGCCCAAAACAUUGCCAAAAUCGUGGAUCCUGAUCGCAAAAUCUUCGCCGAUCGCAUCCUCAGCAGAGACGAAAGUGGAAGUCUGACUGUCAAGAAUCUCAAGCGUCUCUUUCCCGUUGACACAAAGAUGGUCGUCAUCAUUGACGAUAGAGGCGAUGUUUGGCACUGGUGCCACAAUCUCGUAAAGGUCACUCCCUAUGACUUCUUUGUGGGCAUCGGCGACAUUAACUCCAGUUUCCUUCCUAAACGACCUGGUCUGGAGCCGAGACCUUCACCAUCUACCAGCCCUGAUCUCGCACCCUCUUCGCCUGAUGCACAGCCAGCCGUCGAUUCACCGAUUGAUUCGACAGGAAGCAAAGUCUCUGCUAUUGACCAACUGGUAUCCAUGAGUGGCGGCAACGAUCCCACCAAGCUCAAGGAACAGACAUCCGAGCAGGGCGAAGCCAUCACCGCUCAACUCACAGACCGUCCUUUGUUGCAGAAGCAAAAGAUUUUGGACGCCGCAGAUGAAAACAGCAACAACACAAAUGAAGCAUCCUCGGAGAAUGAUGCAGCAUCUAUACCCGAAGCGCCCGUCGAGACACACAAGUAUCGCCACAACUUGCUGCAAGACAACGAUACCGAGCUCCGCUACCUCCAGCGUAGCCUCCAGUCGAUUCAUUCGGCCUUCUUCCAGGAGUAUGACCGCAGGACUUCUGGCCCUAAAGAUGGUCGUGUUGCCGAAUUGCGUUCUGGUCCUGAUGUCAACCUCACAACAGACAAACUUGACAGUCUUCCCGACGUAACAAGCAUAAUGGCAGCCAUGAAAACGAAGGUUCUCAAAGGUGUACACAUAGUCUUUUCCGGAGUCAUGCCGUUAGGAGUACAACCUCAAAAUCACGAUUUUGCCAUUUGGGCAAAGAGCUUCGGAGCAACUGUGACUGAAAACAUCACCAAACGUACAUCUCAUGUGGUUGCUUCGCCAUUGCGGAAGACAGCUAAAGUCCGACAAGCCGCCAAGAGGACCGACAAGAUCAAGAUUGUGUCUCAGGAUUGGCUUUUUGCUUGUUUAGUCCAAUGGCGCAAGGUGGACGAGGCUCCUUUCCGCCUGCACGCUGAUCUAGAAAAUGAGCCAAAUGAGCCAGCAGCCAACGGCCAGGGUUCGCCUUUCGAUGCACCUGAUCAGAAAGGUCAAUUAUUAUCAUCUUCCGAUGAGGAGGCUGCUGUUACCGAGGAAGAGGAUGCCGCCGAGACUGAUGGCACAGGGAAUGAUACAGAUGCGCAAGAGCAGGCUGAACUUGAACGUCACAUGCCCACUUUGCCACGUGAAGCAAGCUCCAUGGAAACCUCUGCUGAUUUAGCCGACUGGGAUGCUGAACUUGAAGAGUUCUUGGAAGACGACGACAGUGAAAGCGAGGCUGGUACCAAUCAAGACGAGGACGGCCAGUCUACAGACAACGAUGACGAAAGUGAUUCAAGCCAGUUGGGCUCUAGCAGACUCGAGCGAAGGAAGAGGAAAGCACUCGCCAGAACUACGAGUCUUGUCAGCGUUUCUGCGGUUGAUGAUGCCCAGAGGGUCAAGGCCGAAGCUCAGACCAGUGCGCCUCAGCAAGAUACCCCCGCAGACAUUGUUGAGGAAGACGAUGAUCUUGAGGCUCAGAUGGAAGCAGAAAUGCUGAGACAAGCCGAGGAGGAAGGAUACGCAUGA